AUGAAGUUGUUUCAAUAUGAUUCUUCAUCAAGGCCAUCUACACCAGACCCAUUUAGUGAUGAUGGAGAGUAUGGUUCCGAUAACGACUAUGAUCCAGGAUAUGAUGAUAAUACAGACAGCACUAGCACUGUUAGUGAUCACACAAAGCAACGUGAAAAGAAACAACUAAAGAAACGUUCCAAGGACAACGCAACGAGGUCACAUGGUAAACGAAACUCUGAAAGCAGUGUAAGUAGCAGCUCUGAUUCUGACGAUCGAACCGAAGGCUUUAGCGAGUGCACGGAUGUAUGUGAUAGCGAUGACAACGAGGAUGAUACAAAUUCGAUAUCGGCAGAAUCUAGUGAUGAGAGUAUUUUUGACAGUAGAAAGAGAAAAAAGAAGGGGCAGAGUUCCUCUUUAGGAUCAAGGUACAAAAAACCUAAGAUCGCCAGUGCAGAUCAGAGUACCGACACUAUGUCGUUAGAUUCUGAGGCAUUGCUAAAUAAUAUAGAAAAUCUUGAAAGCUCUUCAGUGCAACUCGAUCCUGCAGUAUUAGAAAAUAUCUCAAUUUAUUCACAUAUCGAAGGAAGUCACUCCCAUACUAAUCCACAAAUUCAAGGUGCUGAAGACGACCAUGCUGCUGCAGCUGCUGAGGUUAAUCCCGCGCCUGCCAACCUACGUGCACUGGAACUAGACGCAGCUGCGCAGCGCCACUCUCCUGGUUCUCCUGCACCGGAUCCAGCAGCUGCUGAGGGAAAUCCCGCGCAUGACAACCUACCUGCCUUGGACCUGGAUGUAGCUGCGCAGCACCGCUCUCCUAGCUCUCCUGCACUGGAUCGGGAGGCUGUUGAGGGAAAUCCCGCGCCUGUCAACGUAUCUGCCCUGUACCUGGAUGCAGCUGCACAGCGCCGCUAUCCUGGCUCUCCUGCACCGGAUUCAGCAGCUGCUGAGAGAAAUCCCGCGCCUGACAACCUACCUGCGCUGUACCUAGACGCAGCUGCGCAGCGCCACUCUCCUGGUUCUCCUGCACCGGAUCCAGCAGUUGCUGAGGGAAAUCCCGCGCAUGACAACCUACCUGCAUUGGACCUAGAUGCAGCUGCGCAGCAGCGCUCUCCUAGCUCUCCUGCACUGAAUCGGGAGGCUGUUGAGGGAAAUCUCGCGCCUGUCAAAUUAUCUGCCCUGUACCUGGACGCAACUGCGCAGCGCUGCUCUCCUGGAUCUCCUGCACCGGAUCCAGCAGCUGCUGAAAGAAAUCCCGCGCCUGCCAACUUAUCGGCCCUGGAUCUGGACGCAGUUGAGCAGCGCCGCACUCCUGGCUCUCCUGUAUCGGAUCCAACGGCUACUGAGGAAAAUCCCACGCCUUCCAACCUACCUGCUCUGGACCUGGACGCAGCUACGCAGUGCCGCUCUCCUAGCUCGUCUGCAUCAGAUCGGGAGGCUGCUGAGGAAAAUCCCGCGCCAGCCAACCUUCCUGCCCUGGACUGGGACGCAACUACGCAGUGCCGCUCACCUAGCUCUUCUGCACGACCAGAACUAAACGCUACUGUAAGAUAUCCAACUCCGGCCAGCACACUUGCACUGGAGGUAGUUGCAGAGCGUGGCUUGUCCGGCUCUCCUGUGCCGGAACGAGAUGCUGCCGAAACGAAUUCUGCGCCUACCAGUCCAUCUGCUUUGGAUCGGGAAGCAUUUGUACAACGCAACCCUUCUAUCUGUCAUGUGCUGGACCCAGAGGCCGCCGAAAGAAACUCCGUGCCUGACACACUCCCCGAGAUAAGUCCAGCGACCAAUUGCAGACCAAGCACUCCUCCACUGAUAAUACACAGACAUACCUUCGUUCGAGUUUGA